AUGGAGACACCUUCCACACCGCGAGCACCUUCUUCCUCAUCAUCCUCGCCGCCGCCGCAACAUGUUGUCUUCCAACCCGAAACAACCGGCAGCUACUGGUCUGAUGUGAAGGAGGCUGUGAAGCGCAUAUCGUUUUGGGAUGACUUGCAGAAAAUCGGAGAGAUUCCCUGCGCACGGAGCAGCCUGCUGAGUGGUAUCGCGAGCGGGACGGGCAUUGGGGUCAUCCGCGGAAUGAGUGCCGGACCUUUUGUCGCGUGCAACUGGGCCGUCGGAACGUUCGCGCUCAUCUCUCUCGGUACUUGGACCAUCUGCCGAAGGUCGCUGGAAGAAGAGCGCAGACGGAUCCAGCAGGUAGUUGAGCAACUUCCAAAACGUUUUGCGAAAGCACAGGAAGAUUCGACAUCAUCACCCGAGGGCCCCAAAUCUUCGUCGUAG